CAAAGACAACCUUUUUUCCCCCAGUGAAGACUAUUGAGUGUUUUUUUGGCCUACUUUCCUUUUGCCCAUCUUGUGAUGCUAAAAAAAUGGUCAAUUUGAAGAUUGCGAUGUUUGAGAGGGUGGCCUAGACAAGGUUAAAAAAUUGAACCUUUAUGUACGACUUUUAUGUUGACUGUGGAAGUCAUCUACUAUUUUGUCAUGAUCAAUGGCGAAUGCUUUUAGGAAUUGUUGUUUGGCUCAAGUAGAUUGAAUUUCCUUUGGCAAUUGUGAUUGGGAUAUAAUGCCUUGACAUUUUUUGUUGCUACUUUAUUGACAUGGAAGGAAAGUCAAAAUGGAGGAGUGGAAGGAUAAACAGACAGGCUAUUGGUUCUGCAACUUCUGUAAAUAAGGAAAUGGCAAGAGGAAGCAGGGGACGACACACAAUUGCUUCCCGUCAAUUACGGCCAACACCAUACCCUUUGCCUGCAUGCAAGAAGGAUAUGUGUGACGCUUUAUGCUCAAAGAGGUGCUCUACUGACUUGGAUAAGAAUGAUUGGGAAAAUGUGACAUGUUCUGUCUGCAUGGAAUAUCCGCACAAUGCAGUACUUCUACUCUGCUCCUCUCAUGACAAGGGCUGUCGUCCCUAUAUGUGUGGAACCAGUCUUCGUCAUUCAAACUGCCUCGAGCAGUACAAGAAAGCUUAUACUAAAGUGGUCUCAUCCAAUUUGCCUCUCGAGAAGAGUGAAAUCACAGAGCUGGCAUGCCCUCUCUGUAGAGGUCAGGUGAAAGGUUGGACAGUUGUGGAACAUGCACGAGAGUACUUUAAUGCAAAGAAAAGAAGCUGCAUGCAGGAUAACUGCACAUUUGUUGGGAACUACAAGGAGUUGAAGAAGCAUGUCCGGGCAGAUCAUCCUUCAGCACGUCCGCGUGCAGUAGAUCCUGCUCAUGAACAGAAAUGGCAGUUGCUUGAGUGGGAGCGCGAGCGAGAAGAUGUUAUCAGCACAAUAACAUCGGCCAUGCCUGGGGCAAGGGUUUUUGGAGAUUAUGUCAUUGAAGGAAAUGAUAAUGAUCUCACUUCAGAAGAUGAAGAUGGGGAUUCUAAUGUUGGUUCUGCUGAAAGAAGUGGCAGAUUUCACAUGGACUUAGAGGCAAUGAAUUUCUUUUUGCUAUUUCAUGCGGUUCGGCAAGGGAAUGAACUUAACUUCAGUAGACAACAAUUGGGGCCGGAGCUGGCUUCUGGAGGAGUAUCCAGUCCGGCCAGUGCUCUCCAUGCACCUUCUGUUGGCAGGGUGGAUUUCUCUGAUCAAGAUGAUGACAAUAAUAGGUUUAGUGAAGGUGUUGGUUUGUCACUGGCUAGCCGCCUCCAUCGCCAUGGCCGUGGCAGAUUCUUAUUUGGCCGCUCAAGCAGGAGACGAAGAAGGAGAGAAGCGCACACACGAGGGAGGAUGUAGAUAAAGAAACCAUGCACAGCAAAGCAGGAGGUUGGAGAUGGUGUUUGUUAGGUUUAUGGCGGAGCUUAGUGACAGAAAAUGAUUGAUUCAGUAACAUUUACAUAUAGAUUAUAUUCAGGAAAUAGGAAAAAUUAGAUAGUUACUGUUUUCCCCCCUCUUGUAAUUUAUUUUCUUGUACAUUCCAACCUUCCUCCUAGUAGAAAAUGCCAAUGCUUUUCUUUCAACCAGAAGCUUA